AUGUCGGCAACACUAGUGCGGCAACACAAAUGUCGGCUAUUUUUUUUAGCCACCGAGCCGUCGCCGCUGGACGAGGUUCUGGACGAGCUGAAGGCACUGGUCGACAAGUAUCUCCCGGUGCUCGGACCCAUCCUCGGCCUGAAGCAGGAGCAGACUGAUGCUAUCACCACAAACUUUGACAAGUUUGUGGCUGACGCCGAGGCUUUGGAGCACGGCACCGUAGACAUUUCCACCGGACUGGAAGGCAUCGUCACCGACAUGCUGGAGAUCUUCAAGGCAUUCGGGCUGGACUACAUGAACCCGACCGACGACACCCCGACCGACAUGGACGCGCUGCUGGCGCAGCUAGAGGCUGGCCUUGGUGCUGCACUCGACAUCCUGGGACCCAUUCUGGGCCUAACCGAGAACCAGAUCAAGGCGGCCGAGGACGACAUCGACAGCCUUAUCAAGGACUUUGAGGACGUCGAGCAUGGACACCUGGACGUAGACGGCGGGAUGGAGAAGAUCUUGACGGAUAUCCUCAACAUCCUCAAAGAUCUCGGGGCUCCCGUUUCUUUGAACGAAAUGGGCCAGACUACUACUCCCAAGUCCAUCAUCGACACGAUUCUGGACGAGCUGAAGGACCUGGUGGACAGGUACCUGCCGAUCAUCGGACCACUGGCCGGUUUGACGCGCGAGCAAACCAAGGCCAUCAAGGAGAACUUUGACAAGUUCGUGGUCGACGUCGAGGGCAUGGAGCACGGCACCGUUGAGAUCGCGGACGGCGUCAUUGACAUCUGCAUUGACAUCCUGCACGUGCUGGAGGCAGUUCGAUGUGGACGUCACCAUUCCGAGCACGGACGGCACGACUACGCUGGACGAAGUGCUCUUCUGGCUUGAGGACGGCCUGAACGCUGUGCUCGAUAUCGUCGGACCCUUCAUCGGGAUGGACUACGACAGGAUCAAGGCGACCGAGGCCGAUCUCCACAC